CCUCUUCACAAAAGAGAUUUCCUGUCAUGCUAGCGAACCACAGGAGUGAAGUUUCAGUUGUGUGUUGACUGAGGGAGGACCAGUGUACUUGACUAGAAUCCUCCAUUUAUUUAGAGCAAUAAAAUAACAAACACUGGCAGGAGAUGAGCUUUAACGUUUUAGAAGAAAACGCUUAGUGCUACCGGCUAGUUUUAAUUUUCAUUACCAUUAGCUUGAUAGAUUUGCUAGUUAGACUGGAUGUUUGUGAAGGAAUUGGAUUAUUAGAUGCUUUCAAAGUGAAGUUUUACUAAACAUGGCUGCUGGUCACAGCUCUCUCAACUUGUGAGAGGAAACACUGGGCGUGGCCUGGUGCGAGUGACGGGUCAUGGCCAGCCAGUGCAGCAGCCUGGAGUCCCAGGCAAGGUUCGCAGGCUCCAUCAGCUCCACCCCGCUGUCUGGUCACAUCGAAUCAUACGAGAGUGGAGAGAAAAAGUGCAUCUCCGACGUUAGGAGGACCUUCUGUCUGUUUGUGACCUUCGACCUACUCUUCAUCUCUCUGCUUUGGAUCAUUGAGCUCAAUGUCAAUGGAGGAAUACAAGCCAGCCUAAUAAAGGAGGUGUUACAUUACGACUACCACAAUUCCUUUUUUGAUAUUUUUGUUUUGGCUGUGUUCCGAUUUGCAAGCUUGAUCCUGGCAUAUGCAGUGUGUAGACUGCGUCACUGGUGGGCCAUUGCGAUAACUACACUGAUCACCAGUGCUUUCUUAAUUGCAAAGGUUAUUAUAUCAAAGCUCCUCUCUCAGGGCGCGUUCGGUUACCUGCUGCCCAUCAUCUCGUUCAUUUUGGUGUGGAUAGAGACGUGGCUUCUCGACUUCAAAGUUCUGCCCCAGGAGACCAGGGAUGAGAACAGAUAUCUGACAGUACCCAGUAUCUUAGACAGAGCUCCACUCAUACAUCCAGGACCUCUCUCAGAUGGUCAGUUCUACUCCCCACCAGAGUCUGUGGCAGAUUCUGAUGAAGAACUGGAUGAUAAACAUGACAUUGAGAAACCCAUCGUCUAACAGUCAGGAGGGACGUCGGACUCGACAUCAAGCUGCUUCAGUAGACUGACUUCUGUAACUGAUCAUCCAGUGUGACUUUGAGGGUUGAUCGGUCAAUCUUGUUUUUUUAGUUUGCAAUAUAACAAUCCGUGUCAUGUUCUGCUUUUUUAUUAUUUGCACCAAAUGCACAGAUGUUUACGCCACGCUGAAGGACAGAGUUCAUGGUUAGAAUGAAUAUAUAUAUAUGAAUUCUUAAUAUGCUUGCCUUGCACUGAUGUACAUUAAUGCUCGUUGUGAUUUUUUUAUGCCUUGUAUGUGUAAAACAUGAAAUUAUCCAGAAUAUGUGAAUCACAGUUGAUUAACUAAGCUUAAAUGGAUUAAGGUUAAAGUUCUAGACUAGUAAUCUGUAGGUCACUGAUUCAAGCCCCACCACCACCAAGCUGCCACUACUGGGCCCCUGAGAAAGGACCCACAAAUAACCCACAAUUGCUUACUAUGUAAUUAGCUACAAUAGAAAGUUACUUUGGGUAAAGGCAUCUGCUAAAUGCUGUAAAUGUAAAUGUAGCUCAAGUUGUAGCGGUGCAACCACUGUUUUUAGGUUGUUCAGAAUCUGACAUUCAUUAUUCUCCAUUAUUCUUUCAUAGUCAUAAUGAGCAUUUUAACAUGACAGUCAUCAGUCUAUAUCUGUAACAUUUACAUUUGUAUUAUAGAAAAUUCUGUAUUACCUAUAAAAUAUUUAGAACAGUUUGUUUACCUGCCAAUAUUAAGGGCUUAUCCAAUCUUGCAUGAUUUAAAACUGCAUUUAUUAGACAAGAAUAUUUCUUUAGAUUUAUAAAUGUGCAUCUCUUUUAGAUGAUAUUUACAAUGAUCUGGUGUUCAUUAAAGUCUUUUUUAUUUUUAUUGUUUUCCAUAAUGACUUUAUUGUGUCAAUACUUAUGGUCAUGCUUACAACUGAGGGCUUCUGUAUCUAAUUUGUAUCUUGGACUGUAAACCUUUUGGAUAAUUUAGAAAGAAACGGUUAAUGCCUUUUUUAUGUGAAGUGAUUCUAUAUGCAUAUGUGGAAAUGUGAAAUUAUUUGUUUUAAUUAAAGCGUUUUUUGUGUA